UUCCCCUCCUAAAUUACACACUAAAAACUCGAUCGGCUCCAACUUUUUUUUCAUCCCAUACGAUUUCAACUCCCUCAACGAACCCACGUUCUGCAUUGCAAUGCGUAGGGCAUCAUCACAUUUUGUCGCCUCAUGCUCCUACGACAGCUCCAGCGGCCAUCUUCACGAUCGGUAGCCGCAGUAGCAAAAGUAUGGCGACCGACAUUUACAGCCCUGCUGCACGGUAGCAGCCGGCAACCACAAUUUACACACCCUUCAUCGUCAUCCCAGCACAACAGCGAAGAUGACGCAAAAUCCCCGAAUAAACCCCUUUCCCUCUUCGAGCGCCUCUUCCCCGAGGAAGCAAAGCAAGCACGCAACUCCACUGACUCAAAAUGGCCUAAGAAACCCCGCUCCCAACUUUCCAACACAGACGACGAAUCCUCCCCUCUAACCGUGGCCGAAGACGAACACUUCUUCCAGCACCGCUUCGCUGAUGCCGAGUACCUCGAGUUCAGCCUCGACGGUGAACUCGAUCUACCCGAAAAUGAAAACGACACUAACCCCGACACCGCCUCCCUACGCGCCAAAACCAUGCUCAUCCUCUCGGCAGCCAGCAAGCAACUCUCACUAAGCGACUUCCAAGGCCUAGGCCCCCGCGGCGCACACGUCGAAGGUUGGGUCGGCGUGGGCGGGGGUGCAGCGCGCGUCGUACCCGCUAGAGACCCGGAUACCUUACAACCGCUAGGCCACUACUUCAUACUCUUCGACAGUCAUGACGCAGCAGUUGCGUACCGCGACGAAGUCGAGCGCUUAUGGGAGCUCGGAAAAGCGCGGCUCGCUGAGCGGGAUGUGUAUAACGGGGAGCGGGAGAAAGAUAUGCGAGGUCGAGCCGUAGAAAGACGACCGUUAGUUCGGGGAGAUGAGGAUGUAGAUGUUGCGCUGAAGUCGUUUACCCUAGUCCCCCCAUCGCAGAGGUAUCAUCUUGAGCUUUCAUCAGGGAGGGGGAAUAUGGUCGACGAUUUAGACUCCGGUGGUGGGUCGUUUGUCGAUCAACUUGCUGCGAGGGCUGGGUCGAGACAUUUGGUUCUUGUUACUGUGGAUGGAGGACGCAUUUCGGUGGAUACGCUGCGCCAAGCUAUUGAGGAGGAUGGUGUAGAGCGGAAUCUACCGUGGCGGGUGACGGAUCUUGAAAAUGGUAUUUUGCCGUUCGGGAAGAGUGUUUUGAAGAAACAUGAUAGGACUUUCGAGCAAAGUCUAUUGGAUCAAACUGGUCAAGCUGUAGGCGAGACCAAUGUGGAUGAGAACAGAGAGGGUGCGGAAGUAGUAGAUGACAAGAAGUAUAGACGGUAUCCCCGGUUCAUUAUACCAUUCGAGGAUGCCGCUGAGGCACAGCGCUUCGUAAGGGGAUGGCACCGAAGACAGUUCAAGCUACGCAUGAGCAUCGAGGAGAACGAGGACAAGCAAGUGAAUUGGGACGAAAUUAGGACACUCAAUACUUCAGUGCUGUGGUAAAGUAUAUGUUAACUUCCUAAUAUUCUACCGUAUACUAGUAUAUUACCCUUAAUAGAGAACACUUAUGUUUAUAUAAGCAAUCACAUGUCAUAUUCAUCAGAAUUGGGUAUCGGGAAUAAAAUAAGUCAAUUUUCCAAUGCGAGUA